AUGGUGGCACCGCGGGGUUCCCCGGGCAGCGCUGGCUAUUUAUGCCCUGCUGCCAGCCCUGAUUGCUCCGCGGGCAGUGACGUGGUGACAGCGCUGCCAGGGCCCUGCACCUGCCCCCUCCGGGCCAGCAGCCCUUUGUCACCCGCCCGGCAGACAGAUGGAGGGGGACAGGUGAGACCCCUCACCAGCAGUGAUCCCCACUCCUUCUUCAGUAGGUUCCUGGGCCAAAUCCUUCAGCUGAGCUUUGUCAAGUACCUGCUCAAGAUGCUUCAGAAAGCAUGGGUCUGGAUUGGAUUUGUGAUCCCUGUGGAGACCAUGAUCAGCCAACUCUGCCCCACCCGGUCUCCCCCCAGGCCCGGCCGCCUGGCCAGGAAGCGCCGGGGGAGACUCGUGUGCCUUCUCCUCUCCGUGGUGCCUCCCAGGAUCCAGAACAUCCUGGGCUCCCUGCCAGCAACCAGCUGGGGCCAGGGCAACCAGCCCAGGGAAAUCCUGGAAGCUCCAAUCAACCCAUCCAGCAAAGCCAGCAAGAGGAAGAGGGAUGAUGUGGCUCUGGAGGAGCAGGAGUCCUGGUUUGUGGUGCUGGAGAAGGACUUACCAGAAGAUGACUCUGAAGACCUCACAUAUGAGCCCUCGGAUGAGGAGUCAGACAGUGAGGAGUACAGGUCCUACAAUGACACUGAGGCAGAGCUGGAGCUGGAAGAGCAGGAUGGGAUCACAGUAAUGCUGAAGGAGUCCUUGGAUCCCCAGAGGACACACAACCCUCAGGAGCUGGUGGUGCUGCCAGGGCUGGAGGAUCCAGCUGGGUCCAGCAGUGGGGAAGGUGCUGCAGACGUGGGCAGUGGUGAUGGUGAUGCCCAGAAGCCCCAGGCUGAUGUGAGCAGUGGGCAGGAGGCUGAUACAGAGUGAUGACAGCAGCAGUUUGUCCCAGGAAAACCAGGAAGCCUGACCCAUGGACCUGGACCUUCUGGGGCUGCAAAGUUCCUGACUCCCUGG